AUGUCCAGAGAUUCAAAAAAGAAACAUCAUUGGGGCACUGCCUUUCUUAGGACAAUUGGAGUCAAAAGCAAGCAGCACAAGAAGGGUAGCAGUUUUUCAAACAAUGCCACAAGAGAGAGUGCUAACACGACAGCCAAUGCUGGGCGAUCUAAAAGCGUAAGGGGAAAUCCGGAUAUUACGUCUUUACUCAAGCCUGAAAUUUAUACAGAGUCACCUGCAAAAGGGUCUCAGAAGGCAGCAUCUUCUUUAGCACCUAGUCAAGGCGUAUUUAAUAUCCCAAUCGUUAUAGAUCCUAUGGAGACAAACAAACUUGAAAAAACAAACACGAGUGUGACGCUAGGUUCAUUGAAGGGCCACUUCCAGAAUGGUAACUCAAAUUCGAAUUCUGUGCCAAGCUUGUCCGUUCAGGCGUUAGAGAAGGAAAAGCUGCAAAAUGGAAAACGAAAGGGAAACAGCGAUCAAGCUGAGGAAAAAACUCCAGAUAGUCAUGAUGCACAUACUGCCUUUGAAACAUUUCUUUCGUUUGCUCAUAAUGCCGUGAGCCACAUUCCCAAAAUAAACGUACAAGAGGCUGACGAUGGCGCGAUUUCUAAGAAUGAACUAAAGGACAGGAAAAAAAAAAUAUCAAAUACAUCGGGAGCCCCUUCCGAAAGUAGCACUAACGAUAAAAACACUCCAUCGACGAAGGAAAGUGAUGGCCCCUUUUUGAAAAAUUUAGACACUAUUCUUGCAGCAUCCGCAUCGUCAACUCUAUCCAAUCAACAGCUUAAUGCAACGGGAUCAGGGAGUGAAAAUAAACCAUCAUCGUUGUCUAAAUUUGCUUUCGGAAAUUUGAAAGGCAAUGCUCAUUCGAACUCACACUCAAAUUCUAAUUCAAUCGCAAGAGAUGAUACAUCUUCGGACAAGGUUAGAAAGAUGACGGAUGAUAUGGCUAGGAAAGUGGUUUUCGAACCCAUUAGGCACUCUCAUGAUAAACCUACUCCUGGACUUGGAAACUUGAAGUUAGAACACUUCGAUGAUUCUCAAGGUACUCUUGAAGGGCUAGAAGCAUUGUCAGCAGACUCGCUGACAGAAGGGGAACAUCUUGACAACAAAGAUCCGGCGCAGCAAAGUAAUUUGCAUGACGACAUUAAAAACAAUUUGGACAAAAAAGGUGUUCCUGGAAAGUAUCCUUCUAAAUUGUCAGUAGCUACUUCCUCUACAACGGAUGGAGUCAAGCCUAGAAGAAGGGCCAAAUCAAUGAUUAGCACAAUGAUUGAUAAGCAAAACACUAGUAGCGAUCUUUUACAAGAUUGUAAAAAGAGGUUCUCCUUCAACUCUUCUAAUGGGUUACCGAACAACGGCCUGGAGGAUGAGGAACGCGAACCCAGGGAAAUUUCUAAGAAAUUUCUUAACAGGAGAUCAUUUUCCCCAGGAAGCAUUAGUAUGGGAAUGAAAGUACUGCCGUCAACGGCGCUAAAAUAUUCGCUAAAUAAAGUAAAGAAUAGCACUGAUAUUGCAUCGACCAUAAUACCAAGACCUAGUAUUUCGAACGGUCGUCCCUCUUCAGGAAUGCGGAGAAGCUCUAGUAAAAGCUUUUCAUCUACACCUGUAAAUAUCAUUGAACCAUCCGAGGAAAAUGAUAGACAGUCUAACAUUAGGAUAAAGGGAGUUGAAUACGCAAGCGAAAAGAAGAAUGCAGAAUUUCAUGCAAUAUUCAAGGACUCUGGUGUGAGCCCCAAUGAAAGGUUAAUUUUGGAUCAUAGCUGUGCUUUGUCAAGAGAUAUUCUUUUGCAAGGCAGAAUGUAUAUAUCUGAUCAACAUAUUGGAUUUUAUUCGAAUAUUCUAGGUUGGGUAAGCACUGUUUUCAUACCAUUCAAGACAAUUGUUCAAAUAGAGAAAAAGGCCACAGCAGGGAUAUUCCCUAAUGGAAUUGUUAUUGAUACUUUGCAUACAAAAUAUACGUUUGCCUCUUUCACUUCCAGAGAUGCUACAUAUGAUCUGAUUACUGAAGUAUGGAAUCAAAUAAUUUUGGGGAAGAGGUUCCGUAGCAACAGUAAUAAUAUGACUAACAGCUCCAAUUCUAUUAGUGACGAUGAAAACGACGAUUAUGAUGACGAUUAUGAUGACGAUUAUGAUGAUUAUGGGGACGACGAUGAUGACCUUUACGAUAAUAGCAAUAAUAUCACCGAUUCUACGGACGUGACAUCAAGCGUCAGCAUAGGAAAGCCGGAAGAAUUACCCGUCCCUCUUCUACAAUCAGAUAGCGCUGCAAACCCAUCUCCUGGAACAGGAAUGCCUCUACUAGGUCCAAUAAAUCACUUACCUACAGAAACAGCUUACAAGCCAGCACCUAAUGAAAAAUUAGUUAACGAAUCAACAAUACCCACUUCGUUAGGGCGGGUCGUCAGUAUAUUGUUCGGAAAAGAUGUUAGUUAUAUUACUGCAAUAUUAAAGGCGCAGAAGAAUUACGAUAUUUCGCCAAUUCCUGUUCUCGUCGAUUCAUCCACGGUUUCAGAAAAUAAAAAGAGAGAUUACUUCUAUGUGAAGUCAACACCAGGCGCCAUUGGCCCCAGUAAGACCAAAUGUAUGAUAACCGAGACCAUUCAACAUUUUAAUUUAGAGGAGUACGUUCAAGUCUUGCAAACAACGAAAACUCCAGAUAUUCCCUCAGGAAACUCAUUUUAUGUGAGAACAGUUUAUCUUUUAUCAUGGGCAAACAACAAUGAGACGAAAUUAAAAGUGUAUGUCUCUGUUGAAUGGACAGGUAAGAGUUUAAUCAAGAGUCCUAUUGAAAAGGGUACAUUUGAUGGUGUGGCGGAUGCGAUGAAGAUAUUGGUGGAAGAGCUUAAUAAUUUUUUAACAAGAUCUGCUACCAAAAGGAAAAAAUCCUCAAAGGAAAGUACUGUUACAGUAUCAUCUUUGCCGAAGAUGGAGCCCAACUCUCACGCACCUACCGAGGUUAAUAUUCAAAAGGAUAAAGAUGAUUCUAUUAUAAGGGAAAAUGAGAAUAUACCAGCUCCGUUAGGGACCGUUGUCCAGUUAUUAUUUGGCUCGAAUACAGAAUAUAUGCAGAAGGUUAUCACUAGAGAUAAGAAUAAUGUUAACUUGGAAACAAUACCGAAAUUCUCACCUUCUUUGGUUGAAGGUGCUUCAAGGCACUAUGAGUACACGAAGAAACUGAACAAUUCCAUUGGACCUAAACAGACAAAAUGUUUACUAACCGAAACUAUUGAACACAUGGAUAUCAACAGCUAUAUUUUGGUGACGCAAACAACUAAAACUCCUGACGUUCCUUCUGGUAGCAACUUCGCAGUAGAAAGUAAAAUCUUCCUGUGCUGGGGACAACGUGACACUACGAAUAUGACUGUUAUAACAAAAGUUAACUGGACAAGUAAGUCAUUUCUGAAAGGUGCAAUUGAAAAAGGAUCAGUUGAGGGCCAGAAAGUUUCUGUCGAUUGCAUGCUAUCCGAGUUAAGAGACAUUAUCAGCGCAGCAAAAAGCAAAAAGCCGGUGAAGAAGAGAACAAAGAGCCACGAUAAACAUAAACCUUUCCAUAGUAAGGUUGGGCAGAAAAGCUCCGAAAACCAUAAGAGCGAUAAUAAUAAAGACAUUCUAACUUAUAUUUUAGACUUUGUUCAGAAUAAUUUGAGUACGGAUAUUUUUAUGAACACCUUACUGAGUCCUCAAAAACUAAUUUUUGUCCUGGGGUUAAUUCUUGUGCUCUUUUGGUCUUCUCGGCUUCACAUAUUCCAAGAAAAGAAUAAUCUUCGCAUCAUCAAGCCAGGAAGGUUGCUCAUUGAUGGUCAAGAAUAUAAUUACGUGCCCAGCUUCGGAACACUGUAUAACUCCUAUGAGAAUGCGAUAUCAUCUGAGAAGAAAAAAGAAAAUAUAAACUACGCAAGAGACAAAAGCCCUAUUGUUGGAAGAGAAAGUGAUAUUUGGGACUGGAUCAGCAACAGGGGAAGUACUAUAUCACCUCGAGGUCAUACUACGCUAGGAAGCGCGAACGGACACAAAUUGCAGCAAUUAUCAGAAAGCAUCAAGAUAACGGAACUGCAAUUGAACCAUAUGAAGACUAUGUUGGACAAUAUUGAGAAGGACGCAAAUGAUCUAUCAUAA